CCAUGCCAUGAUGCGUUCAUGGCAGGGAUGAACUUCAGCACUACGAAAGCGCCGCUUAGAGGAACGAAAGACCAUGGGGGAUGGCAGUAAAUCGCCCGAGAGCAGCAAGAAAGCUCCUGCGCCACUCUCCUCCUCCUUCCUGACGAUCGACCCCAGCUUCUUCGCGACCUCUGCUCAGCUCCAGGCGCCUGUGGUGUUGGAUGCGUCAGAGAAAGCGAAGCCAACGGAGAUGUCAGACCUGGCUCGCGAGGACUUCGACAUGCCUGCUGACGUCACUGCGGGCUUGUCUCGGCUGAGCUUCGUGGCGUCUGAAGGAGUCUUGUAUGAGAUGCAUGACCAGCCGAUAGAACAGGAUGCGCUGUGGAGCUACGAAGGGAAGACAAACUUGACCUACUUCGAGUACUUGCGCGAGCUCAGGGAUACGAGAAAGCAGAUGUUCAAUCGGGUAGUCGUCAAGAAGCACAAGAAGAAGGAGGUCGACUACAGCUCGAGCCCGUACCGCCCGUCCCCGAGCUUCUUUCAGCAUCUCUACCACCCCAAGACUCGGCGCGGGGCGUCGGUUUGGAUCCCCUUGACGGUCAUGGUGAGGGAGGGGGAGAGGGAGGGGUACUUCACGGACCGAGACAGAGGAUACGUCCGACGUCUGCGAGGAGAUGCGCUCAGAGACGAGGCGCUCCUCGACCUCCUGGAGUCAGACUCAUCGCCCUCAGGCUCUGAAGCUCAGGCGACUCCUCUCGCCAUCAUCAAGACUCGCAGCUCUGCUGGGGGCCAGGAGGUCAAGACGCUCGACCGAGCUGGGGUUGUCAGGAAGCUGGGGAGGGAGGAGGGGGAUAGCUUUGUGCUGCAGAAAUUCGUCCCUCCCUUCGGCAAGCAUGCAGCGAUUUUCCGCACCACAUGGAAGCGACUGCACGCGAGCAACACCAUGCUGAUCUCAAGCAUGAGGAGGAUGGCGGCGGCGCCCAGCAUGGAGGCGACCAGCUUCUUCUGCACAGACACGUCGGAGCUCGAGCACACGAGCAUGGUGUCGUACCGAGGGCAGACGGUAGUAGACGCACAGCAAGUCAUCAACGACGUGGUGAGCUUCCUGGAAGGGAACGACCCUACGUAUCACUUCGACGCCAUCACGGCAGAUUUCAUCAGGGACUGGUCAGGCAGGUUGUGGCUGAUAGAUGUCAAGUCGUUUGCAUGUCAUGAGAUUCAAAUCUGAGGGAGUCAUACAGCGACCAGGAGAAUAAACCGAAUCCUCUCCUCCUCCC